UAUUUCGCUCACACGAUACACUGUAGCUACGCCUAUUAAAUGAUUCCAAACCACUGUUCCAACGUGGUGAGAGUGAGAGCGAAAACCGACAACACACACUAACGGUGCGAGAAAAAGCACACCAUUCCGUAGCAAUGGACACGCGAGAUUGAUGCUGCGAUUCAAUCCUUUGUUGACAGGCACCGCGCUUACUACAUACACUCUCACCCGUGCGAACGUUUGAAUUUUUUGAAAAUAUAAAUCGCAUGUUUCUUCCGCUACGCUAAGCGCGCAUUUCGUGUGUUUUCUUUUUACUAGUGUUUUUUUUUUUCGUCGUGACUUUCCGUGGCUCACCCCACAGGGUGCACAAAACAACCCUUAGCUUACCCUUCGCUCCUCGCUUCCGUUUUCACACCCUUUUUUCUUCGUUAUGCUCUCAUCUUGAUUCCCGGAGCUUGUAACACACACGGUUAUCUCUGUUGCUCUCGUGCACACACGCUUGUCGCCCUGCCCUCAAUCUGAUACACGAAGAUCGUAAGGCGACUUUUCGAGCAUCGAGAUUUGUCGCCGGACUAGAAUCCCGUCAGACUCAAUCCGGACGACGCCCGACCAGCUCGUCUUCUGUCCGUGGCUCGUGCGUGUAUGUGCUUGUGUGUGUAUGCGCGUGUGUGUGUGCAUGACGCAAUUCUGGCAAGACAAAACCAGCAUCAGCUUAACCAGCCACUGCACUACGAUCGCAAUCAUUCGCAAACUUGGGUUCGCACCACCACCAACACCUUUCUACGAGCAGCGAACCAUUCCUGGGGCGAGUGGCGAGCCGAGUUUUGAUAAAUAAUUUGCUCCUCCAGUCCGUCGUAAUGAAUUUAAUUUGUUACUUACUUAUUUAAUUAAUAAAGCCUAAUUAAUAAGCGUGAGAAGUGUGCUGGCACGGCGUCAAGCACCAGCGAGUGUGCAUAGCGCGUGUAUGUGUUUGUGAUCGAAGCCUGAGAGCUGCUAGUGUUGUGCUUUUUUUUUUUGGUUUUUAUUACGCAAAUUGUGCACUGUAAGUGUGUUUUUGUUUUUAACUUUGUCGUUUAGUUUCUUCGCGUCAAGUUUUUUUUUUGUUUACUCAAUUGGCUGUACGCAUCGGGCACGAAGAGCUGCUUAGGAAAGUUUGCGUGCGUGUUAAAACCCUCCAUAAGGAAUAAAAGGAAAGGAUAGUGAUCCAAUUCCAACGACUUUAGCCUGCGGAAUGUGAUGUGAGUGGUGCAAAGUGUCGUGAACGUUUUGAACGGAAAAUUCUUUACCGAACAAACAUCGCUUCGCAACGUCUAUCUUAAGGCGGUCGACUUUACCUUGAGAUGAAACAUAAUUGAGCUUCUAGUGCAACUUAAGUAUACGAGCAAAUAACGUGGAUAACGAACGGACAGGAUAAGUGGAGGUGCUUCCGAUAGAAGAAACACAAACAGCAUCAUAAUAAGCUUCGAAACAGUGCAACAAUGUGUUCGACAGCGGAACGAGAGAGUUUUCCUUUAUGCUAAUCAACGAAUUCCAUCGCUGGAACACAAACGGUCAAACUGUCGGCGCUAUCGAUACGAAACUUCUCAGCAAAUAUGCUGAACAAUCUCAACGCAGCCGGAUUGGGUGUUUACCAUUUCUACCCGCCCACAGGUCCGAAGGAGUGCGAUCUGCCGAAGUCGGGCCUCACGUCCCUGCACGGUGCGACCGGAUUCGGCCAGGUACCCAAUUCUGCCACCGCCGACAGCAACGGCAACCGGUUGCACGUCAACAGUGGCGCCGGUGGUAAUGCUGGUGGUGCCGGUGGCGGUACGGGCGGAACAGGCGGCGGUUCCGGUGCCGGGUCACUGUGUGAACCACACAACAUCCACCAAGAUCAGAAUGCUGACAAACAUGGUGCAAAACAGAAACGACACCGAACACGCUUCACACCGGCGCAGCUGAACGAGCUGGAGCGCUGCUUCUCCAAGACGCACUACCCGGACAUCUUCAUGCGUGAGGAGAUCGCCAUGCGGAUCGGUCUCACUGAAUCACGAGUACAGGUUUGGUUCCAAAAUCGUCGUGCCAAGUGGAAAAAGCGAAAGAAGACUACGAAUGUAUUCCGCACGCCGGGAGCCCUAUUACCCUCGCACGGAUUGCCCCCGUUCGGGGCCAACAUAACCAACAUAGCGAUGAGCGAAAGCUUAUGCGGCACGUCAAUGUUUGGGGGCGAUCGAUGGGGCGUUGGUGUUAAUCCGAUGACUGCCGGAUUCGGUCAGCUGAACCAAUCAUCCUCGCUUUCCUCAUCGCUCAACACGGGGCUUAACACGGGCAUUAACAUAUCGUCGGCGAUGGGAGCCGGCGGGUAUCAUAAUUAUGGACUGAACGCGUUAGGUGAUACGAUGAUGUACCAACAUUCGGUUGGUGGUGUAGGCUGCACGGGAGGCUCACCCACGUCCACCCCGCCCAACAUCAAUGCUUGCUCACCAUCUACUCCACCCCUUACAAAUAGUGGCCAGCAGCCGAAUCAGCCUCAGCAGCAACAGCAUCAGCAGCAGCAGCAACAACAGCAGCAGCAACAGCAAGGUGCCAGCCAGAACGAUGCAUCGGCCAAUGGGGAAAUGCCCGGCCCCAACCAGCACGGUAUCGGUAAUUGUCAGAGCUUGUCCACCGGUACCCCGGACGGAGAUGACGAUGUUUGGCGAGGACACAGCAUAGCGGCCCUACGACGCCGAGCGUCCGAAUUGAAUCAAACCAUGCCCUCCUACUUGCAUGCGCACAACUACGAUCAUCACAACUCGGUGUAUUGACUGCAGCUGUUCAAAUGAGCGGCCAAAUUGCAACUUGCACAAUGACUUGCAACAACACAGGCGCAAACCCAGCAUGCCAGAGAGAAAAAGGCCUGGAGGGUGGCAGUAUUUCGACACAAAAUUCGAAUACCGGAGCAGUAUUACGGGAGCGGCAGGCAGGAAAGAUACACAGAUUCGGCGCUCCUGUGUUCACACUUUACGAAGCACAUUGCUGGAAAGACGGAAGAGCACUGGUGGAACUUCAUUUUAUAUGUGUUUUCCUUUUUUGUUGGAAUAGUCUGUUACAUUUGUCAUUAAGAUAGUUUGCCGUUUUCUAUUUAGUUUCGUAUCGUCUUAGGACGGGAUCAACCACAACAAUCCCGCACAUGUAAAUCAAAUUCAAUGUAAAGUUUAGUAUCAUAUCAUCGAGUAGCAAACGAGCAGGUCAUCAUCAUUUUGGAAGCAUGCAUACUAAAAACGGAAAACAAACAUUAAGAGCUCCACCUGAAAUCGAUGUAUACGAGUGCAGCCCUGUGGUGAUGCGGGGAACAGGAUAUACGCGCUUAGCUGAUCGUCAUUAAUCCAAAACAAAAUAAACACAAUUCAAUUGUAAUGAACGUAACUUAUUUGCAUGCAACCUUAAGUGAAGCAGGAUGAUCGGCCCCAAUUAGAGAGAAAGAGAGAGAGAGGGAUCUAGAGCAUUAAUGCACAUUAAUACACUCCCUAGUGAUCAAGUAAACUAUCGAGCCUAAAAAUAAAACGAGAAACAUCAAGCGUUAAACCAAUGUAUACGAAACAAUGCUCGGAUGCCUGGACGAGCGUGUUGCAAAAAACAGGAACUAUGAUGCGUUUUUAGAAACUACGGAACACAAGAAUGGAAAAAUCCAAAAUUUCAAGAGACUUGAGAACAUGUAUACGACUACACGGUUACGAUUAGUAAACACUUUGCGCAUAAGCCUAGAUGCAUGCAAAGUGCGAAGAAAUUAUAUUAUGAAAACUAUAUAUAAAAUUAUAUAUAUAUACACACACACAACAACAACAUACAGCAGUACAUUUAAUCGGUAAAGAAUGCCUCGAUCGCAAUGUGCUACGCUGCGGAAAUGUCAGAACAGGAUGUAACAGUUGUCAAAAAUCAUACUACUAAAAAAACAAUCCUAGUACGCAGCAAACGCAAAAAAACCAACCAAAUGCACUCUAUCGGAGACGCAACAAUGCAACUUAUUGUAAAUAAUCGCUUACAUAUUAUAAUUGUUUCUCUCAUUCGUACUUGGAUUGCCCAUUCAAAAAGGAAUCGUCCCGUGCUAUCUGAAGCUGUGGCUACAUUUGUACACCAACCGAUGUUUGGCGUUUUGUAGUGAUUCAGCUAGAAAAAUGUCACCAUUCGUUUGAAAUCAUUUAACUUCCCGGUUUGAUUUGCGCGUGGAAUAAACAAUAACACAGUGCUUGUGCGAUCCACCAAGCAAACUAGCCAUGUUACUAGCACAGAACAUUCAAGAUGAAAUGUCCGAUUAGCAACAGCAGCAGCAAGAUUGAUGCCAAAAGGGUCAGAAAAUAUGUAUGUUAGUAAAAGUAACUAUAGUAUUGAUAUCGAAUAAAAAGAACAUUCAUUUGAUUCAA